CUGAGAUUCAUCAAAAAUGGACGCAAGCGGUCCUUUCCAUCUCGUGCAGGUUGUAUUCAAAAGACAGUUUGGAGUUCUUAUCACUGCCAUUUCUUUUGGAAACAUGGAGUUACGACGAUAUAGAAGAAGUAUCUUGUCGCACAGACAGCGCUAAGGAGAGCCGGCGAGACGUUGCGAAGCUGGUGACAGAACUUCAGAAUUCAGUGCGGAAGAUGCAUGUCGACCAGAAACGCGCCGUGGACUAUGAUAUGGUAGAAGAUCCGACGCAUAGUGACGAGAUGGACCUCGACAACAUCGGCACCGCUGCAGACGUAGCGUUCGAGUUGUCUGAUGUUGCAUACGCUGACGUCGCACCUUUUUCGGAAGCAGAGGUGGCUGCGUGGUUUGAGACCCUCGACUCGGGGUUCACCGACGCGGCGGGUGCGGCGGGUAGUCGAGGAGGUGGCGCCGCUGCGUCAUGCGAAGACGAUGCUAACUCCUCCAACGACGUCGCACAAUUGAACGCGGCCUCGCGACUUCUCCACGUCGGGGAAAAGCAGUUCCUUCUCCGCGCUGUGGAUUUUGAAGACCGACGCAUGCAAAAGUCUGCGCUGCAACUUUUUGUCGAUAAUCAGUUUCACGUGCUCAACCUCUAUUAUGGCAAGUGA